CAGGCGGCUUCACACAGAGGCCACGAGGCGGUAGUGAAGAUGCUGCUCGACAAGGGCGCUGACGUCAACGCACAGGGUGGAGAAUACGGCAACGCACUCCAGGCAGCUUUAGAGCGAGGCCACGAGGUAGUAGUGAGGCUGCUGGUGGACAAGGGCGCUGACGUCAACGCGCAGGGUGGAGACUACGGCAACACACUCUACGCGGCUUUAUACAGAGGCCACAAGGCAGUGGUGAGGCUACUGGUG